CGGGCUCGGGCCUGCGGGGAUGCGGGCGAGGACGGCGCCGACGAGGCAGGAACAGGCCGGGCCCUUGCCAUGGGGCACUGUCGCCUCUGCCACGGGAAGUUCUCCUCACGGAGUCUCCGCAGCAUCUCUGGCAGGGCACCUGGGGAGAGCUCAGAGAGACCACCCCCGGGGGAGCAUGUUUUCGUCAGGGACUUCCAGCGCCUGUUAGGGGUGGCAGUCCACCAGGACCCAGCUCUGUCUCAGUUUGUCUGCAAGAACUGCCACGCCCAGUUCUACCAGUGCCACGGCCUCCUCAAGUCCUUCCUGCAGAGAGUCAACGUCUCCCCGACGGGCCACCAGAAGACUUACACAAAGGUCGGUGCCCAGCCCCCAACAGUGGCAGAGGAGGGAGCCUGUCUGGUGGACCUGAUCACUUCAAGCCCCCAGGGCCUGCGUGGCUUGGUGGGGUGGGUGCAUGGACACGCAGCCAGCUGCGGGGCCUUGCCCAUCCUCCAGAGGACGCUGUCCUCCGAGUACUGCGGUGUCAUCCAGGCCGUGUGGGGCUGCGACCAGGGCCAUGACUACACCAUGGACGCCGACUCCAGCUGUGGGGCCCUCUUGCUGGACAGCGCAUUGGCAGUCAAGUGGACAUGGGACAAGGAGACGGCCCCGUGGCUUACCCAGCAUCUAGGGUCCAGUCCCACUGGGGCUGCGCCUCAGAGCUCCCAGGGCAGAGUGACCACGGCUAGAGCCGAGACUGAGACUGAGACGCUGCCCAGCAUGGACACAGCCCAGCCUCCUUUGGAUGGCAACCCUGUGGGGCCUGGGCCAGGACCCCCGCCUCAGCCAAGCCUCCCCCUGAGUGGGGCCCCAGGGCAGUUGGGUGAGAAGCAGGUUCCGUCUUCAACCUCGGAUGAUCGGGUAAAAGACGAGUUCAGUGACCUUUCUGAGGGAGACUUCUUUAGUGAAGAUGAAAAUGACAAGAAGCGGACUACCCAGUCCUCGGAUGAGUCCUUUGAGCCAUAUCCAGAAAAGAAGGUCUCUGGUAAGAAAAGUGAAAGCAAAGAAGCCAAGAAGCCUGAAGAACCAAAAAUUCGAAAGAAACCUGGACCCAAACCGGGAUGGAAGAAAAAGCUCCGCUGUGAGAGGGAGGAGCUGCCCACCAUCUACAAGUGCCCUUACCAGGGCUGUACGGCCGUGUACCGAGGGGCCGAUGGCAUGAAGAAGCACAUAAAGGAGCACCACGAGGAAGUCCGAGAGAGGCCCUGUCCCCACCCUGGCUGCAACAAGGUGUUCAUGAUUGACCGCUACCUGCAGCGCCACGUGAAGCUCAUCCACACAGAGGUGCGGAACUACAUCUGUGACGAGUGUGGACAGACCUUCAAGCAGCGGAAGCACCUUCUCGUUCACCAGAUGCGCCACUCAGGAGCCAAGCCUCUGCAGUGUGAAGUCUGUGGGUUCCAGUGCCGGCAGCGGGCGUCCCUCAAGUACCACAUGACCAAACAUAAGGCUGAGACUGAGCUGGACUUUGCCUGUGACCAGUGCGGCCGGCGGUUCGAGAAGGCCCACAACCUCAACGUACACAUGUCCAUGGUCCACCCUCUGACACAGACACAGGACAAGGCCCUGCCCCUAGAGCCGCCACCUGGGACCAUGGAGGGUCAGACCGUGAAGCCUGAGCCCACCUGAGGGCACACAAGCACCUGGACUCAGCAGGCGGUAAAUGGGAUUUAAAGACAAUUUUAAUAGUUCCUCACACCAGACCUGAUGGCACAGCUUCGCUCGCUCCCCUAAGAGCCCCCACACUGUACCCCUGCCUC